AAAUAACAAAACAAGGACGGUUUCCGUGUGGAACGAAAAGGACAGGCUUCAUGUCAGGAGAAGAAAAAAAAAAAAAGCUGUGCAUCUUCGAAAAGAAAGGGUUCCUCAAGGUUUCUUCGAUGAUUAAGGGUUCUUGGGUUUCUGAAAGCGUCCUACAAACCUUUUUCUCCUCCAGAGGAACAAACUGAAGAAAGCUUUGUGUUUCUUAUUUUCCUAAGUGUAGGAAAACGUUGGACGUUGUAAUACGGUAAGAACAUCAGCUACACGCGAAUUUGACAGAUGUGUGUGUGCUACCUUCAUUAAACAUCACCCACACUCUAAAACAUAGACGUUUUUUUUUUUUUUUGGCUAGUAAAGCGUGUAGCCUUCUGAAGGAGUUAUACGUUGUAUCCUCGCUACUAUGGAAACCUCUAGACUUCUUCAUACAAGCUGUAAGGGUUUGAGUAAAUGCUAGGGGUUCUAGAUUGAACCUGAUUAAUCCUCUUCUCUGGGACUCAGAGACGCGCCAAGAUAAAAUAACGACUAUCUAUAUAGUUUAAAAAAAAAAAUAGUUACGGAUGAUAGCCAUUUCAACGUGUCCACAUGUUGAGUGUAAGAGUAAUGGUAAGAGUACAGGUGUAGACCCUCGUCAGUGGUUCUUUGCAUGGUUACUGGUUCUCCUUGGAGACUAGCCGCUCAGAUAAUUAAAGUCUCGGUGUUGCGGCAUUUGCGUUUAGGUUUGUUUGUGUGUGUGGCAGAUGUGAAGAUGGCGUCAUGCCCGGAGUUGUGCGGCUCGGAGCACGGUGACGGAGGGCCACAGCGCUACGGCGUUCGCUCCUACCUCCACCAGUUCUACGAGGACUGCACCUCCUCCAUCUGGGAGCGCCACCACGACGAGUUCCAGACGCAGAGAUCGCCCAGCCGGUGGAGCUCUGUCCUCUGGAAGGUGUGUGUGGCGGUAGGAGCGGUAAUCCUGGUCUCAGGUCUGUCGGUGCUGCUCGUGGGUUAUGCCACACCCCCACGUCUGGAGGCGUUCGGAGAGGACGAGCUGCUGUUCGUAGACGGCCGAGCCGUGCGCUUUAACCGGGCCCUGGAUGCCUGCAAACUGGGCGGGGCCGUGCUCUUCUGUGUGGGCGGGGCCGGCGUGGCAACCGGUCUCCUCUUGUUGGCCGCCUGCGGGCAAGGCGGAGUCAAAGACGAGCUCCGCCUCCAGCGACGCUUCAAAGAGCGACUAGCGGAGAUCCAGGCGUCCGUUCCUAACACCGGAGAGGCCAAGGUUCCCGUCACGCUGUCCAAAGUCCAGAACAUCCAGCCUGGCGCUGAACCCUGACCUCCACACACAUAACGUCAACAUGUUUGAUUAUUAUAUAAUACAUAAAUAUGUUUCGUUUGUAGAGCAGCACACAUCAAGCCUAAGAAUGCUUCACCAGUCACAAUUUACGACACAAACUGAUGCGUACAGUUUUCCUUCCUGGUUCUCCCUAGCGGCUCUUUUUCCUGAGGACGACACGUCGUACUGAAUUCCUCGAAAUGAAAUA